AUGACGCAAGAGGCUCCCCUGCCCCCCUGGCGCCGCGCGCCACAACUACCCGUUCCAGGACCACAAGGACACCUAACGCGGCCGGCCCCUCUGUGCGAGGGCAUUGCCAAGCCGUCUGCAGCCAGCGCCGAGGGCGCGCUUCUGGCAGUGCCCACGGCCGCGCGGGGCGGACACCCGGAGCAUCGAACUGCAGGCAGCUGCACAGUAGGGGAGCAUGCCGAAGCCAUCCUCGACAGGUCCGCGCCGUGGAUCUCGGCGAAGCCGCCCUCUCCCGGGACCGGACCCGAGCCCAGGUAUCUCGAGAUGGUAAACGCCAACCCCCGCGACGACCGCCUCGAGUUCGAUGCUGCCUCGCACACCUACUUCCUGGAGGGGCGAGCGCUCAGCGGUUCGGUCACCUUUGUGGCCUCCUCCAUGUCCGAAGACUUUGACGGCCGCGCGGUGGUCCAGGCGAUGCGAAAUGGCCGCAGUCAGGCCUGGCCCCGGCUCCGCUACACGCUGGGCGCCCAACCCGCGGACCUCGGGGCGCUGGCGCCAGCGCCCAGUCUCUAUGGGCUGCUACUCGAAGAGAGGCCUUCCCAGAGAACGCGCGCAGCGAUGUCUCCAGAUGAGGUCGUGGCUCUCUUCACGCACUGCAGCGGCGAUGUCGCACGCUGGCGACUGGCUCUCCAGGAAGAGCUCCUGAACCGGGCGUGCAUGACCUUCGGCCCUGGGCCGUCCAUGAGCAUAGGCCCCCAGUGGCAGCUGUGGUCCUACGAGAGGGAGAUGACGGAGGAGGAGAUCUUGGAGCAGUGGCAGCAGUGUGGCCAGGACGCUGCCGAGCGCGGAACUGAGGCGCACUACCAGAUUGAGCUGUGGCUCAACCGGGAUGGCUGUCGCUCGGAGGAGAUGGAGGUGC